AUGGCUGCAUCAUCGAAAAAGCCCGGAGAAGUCAAACCCACGACGAGCCGGCGGCAUCCGCUGCAGCGUUUCGACUCACCAUCUAAAGGAUUCUCUGGCGCGUUGCACGUCGCUGGUCUGAUCAGCUUCUAUAGUUCCUUCAAGUUUCUAGUAGAUAAUCCCAAUAUCUUCAACUUGUCUUUCGGCUGGCACCUCCAGUUUCUGACCAUAAUCGGCCUUUCCCUGUCCACAGUAACAUUCAUCUUCGGUCUCAUCGCAGAUCUCACAUCGACCGCCCUCUCAAAAUCUCCUUCUCUAAAUUCAGAUCCACCCGCGGUAGCUCUUUCUGAGCACCUCUUCUGGUUCAAGAACUAUCUGGCUUUAGUAGCAGCACCGAUUGAAGUCACCAUCAGCGUACUAUACUGGACCUUGAAAGCCAUUGACGGGAAACUUCUGGUGCCUCCGGAUCUACCACUACCACCAGCUAUCUACGACCUAGGCUUCCAUCUUGUCCCCGCUGUUGUCCUAACGCUCGAUUAUGUCCUCCUCUCCCCACCAUGGCCCACAACGCCUAUGAACGAAUCUGCGCCUAUGAUCACUUUAGCCCUUUCUACUGUUGUCGCUUUCACAUAUUGGAUUUGGAUUAACACCCAGCUUACCAUAUCUCCCAACUAG